CUAUAUUUGUGUGUAUGUGGCCUGGCUAUUCACCCCCCACUCUCCCCUUCCAAAACCAUCCCACUGUUGCUCUCCUCUCCAACACUCUCCCUGUCUCCCAUCAAUCCUGGCAUGACUAAGAUGAGGAUGCAUGGACUUUGGACACCCGCUCUGCUGCUCUGUCUCUCCCUGGGUGAAGCUCCAGCCUUGACCCCCUCAUCCGAGCCCACUCAGCCCCAGGACGGGGCCCCAAGGUUGGGCUUGAAUAGCAGCGAGCAUGGCCUGUCCCUGGAUCUCCCCAUGGCUCUGAGAGUGUUCAGUGUGGACUACCAUCAUGUGCAGGCGCCAUUUGAGAUCGUGCUGUGGAUUAUGCUGGCCUCCCUCGCAAAACUGGGGUUCCACUGCUCAGGACGUGUCCCGGCCGUGGUGCCAGAGAGCUGCCUCCUCAUCAUGGUGGGGCUGCUGGUAGGCGGGGUCAUAUACGGUGUCCGCCACUCAGCUCCGCCCACCCUCAGUGCCGACGCCUUCUUCCUGUUCCUGCUCCCGCCCAUCGUAUUGGAUGCAGGCUACUUCCUGCCCGGACGUCUGUUCUUCGAGAACCUUGGCACCAUCCUCUGGUACGCGGUGCUGGGCACCCUGUGGAACGUGCUGGGGAUCGGCCUCUCCCUGUACGGGGUGUGUGUGCUGGCACACUCCUCCCUGGGGGACUUGUCCCUGCUUCACUGCCUGCUCUUCGGCUCGCUGAUCGCUGCCGUGGACCCCGUGGCCGUGCUGUCCGUCUUCCAGGAGAUCCACGUCAACGAGCAGCUGCACAUCCUGGUGUUCGGAGAGUCCCUGCUCAACGACGCCGUCACCGUGGUGCUCUACAAGCUGUUUGAGUCGUUCCUGCGCAUGCCGGUGGUGUCGGGGGUGGACGUGCUGCUGGGGGGGUGCAGGGUGCUGGUGGUGGGGCUGGGGGGGCUCUGCGUGGGCCUCUUCUUCGGCCUGUUGGCGGCGCUGACGUCGCGCUUCACCUCGCGUGCGCAGGUCAUUGCCCCGCUCUUCGUCUUCCUCUACUCCUACCUCUCCUACCUCACCUCCGAGAUGCUGCACCUCUCCGGGAUCAUGGCCAUAGUCACAUGUGCAGUGACUAUGAAGCAGUACGUGGAGGCCAACGUGUCGGAGCGCAGCAACACCAGCAUCCAGUACUUCCUCAAGAUGUGGAGCAGCGUCAGCGAGACGCUGAUCUUCAUCUUCCUGGGCGUGUCCACCAUCCAGGACAUCCACAUGUGGAGCUGGCCCUUCGUCUGUUCCACCCUGCUCCUCUGUCUGGUCUGGAGAGCCACCGGAGUCUUGCUGCUGACAGCAGUUGUUAACAAGCUUCGUCGUAAUGCCGUGACCUUUAGAGAUCAGUUCAUCAUCGCCUACGGUGGCCUGAGAGGGGCAAUCUGCUUCUCCCUCGUCUUCCUCAUCGAUGACUUCCCCAAGAAAAGACUCUUCAUCACAACCACCAUCGUGGUCAUCCUCUUCACUGUAUUUGUACAGGGGAUGACUAUCAAGCCCCUCGUGGAGCUGUUGGAGGUGAAGAAGAAGAAGAGAGCUCUGCCCACUGUCAGUGAGGAGAUCCACAGCAGGCUCCUGGAUCACCUGCUGGCAGGCAUCGAGGACGUGGUGGGCUACUGGGGACAGCAUUACUGGAAGGACAAGUUUGAGCAGUUCAACAGGAAGUACCUGCGUCGCUUCCUGAUCCGUGAGGAGCGGCAGGCGCGCUCCAGCAUCCUGAGGGUCUACCAGGAGCUGGAGAGGAGGGAGCAGAGAGGAGAGGAGGAGGAGCCGCCCCCUGACCCUCGGUCCCAGAGCAGGUCACUCCUGCCAGAGGAGAUGGACAGCAUCAGACGCAUCCUCUCUAGAAACCUGCACAACUUCAACAACAAGCAGACGCCAGCGUACAGCAGACACACUCUUCACCAGGACGCCACAGUGGAUGGAACCAAGAAGCCCCUGCGCAGACACCAGAGUCUGGGCGAGAGACACUCACACACCCCACACACACCCUGGACACAGGGAGGGGACGAGGAGUUCCGAGGUGUUGAGAGGGUAAGGGCGGGACUCACCAGGUCUCACACAGUGGUGGGAUCCAGCCCGUUCCUCCUGGACCCCCCGGGGCCAGAGGACCCCCUCUCCCCGUCCAGGCUGGAGCAGAACCCCACAGCCCCACGAGCCCCCAAGAAGCUCAGCUUUGUCCUGGAGAAAGAGAGACAGACGUGAGGAGAGAGACUCAAACAGUGACAAGUAUGAGAGGUCACCACCACAUUCUCACAUGUUGCGUAAUAUAUAAUGGUCUUGAGGAUGGGAAGGGCAUAUGUUCUGUGGACAGUAUUCAAUAA